CAUGUCGCUGGCCAUGGAGGAGGAGGAGUACGCCAGGCUGGUGAUGGAGUCGGAGCCCGAGUGGCUGCGGAGCGAGAUCAAGCGGCUCUUCCAGGAGCUGGGCGAGACCACCCGGGAGAAGAUCCAGGCGGCGGAGUACGGGCUGGCCGUGCUGGAGGAGAAGCAGCAGCUGAAGCAGCAGUACGAGGAGCUGGAGCUGGAGUACGAGACCAUCCGCACCGAGAUGGAGCAGCUGAAGGAGGCUUUUGGGCAGGCCCAUACCAACCACAAGAAAGUAGCAGCAGAUGGAGAGAGCAGAGAGGAGACCUUGAUUCAGGAAUCGGCUACCAAGGAAGAGUACUACAUGAAGAAGGUUAUGGAGUUGCAGACAGAACUGAAGCAGCUCAGAAAUGUCCUUGCCAACACUCAGUCUGAAAAUGAACGCCUUAAUUCUGUUGCACAGGAACUGAAAGAGGUCAAUCAGAAUGUGGAGAUCCAAAGGGCCCGUCUGCGAGAUGAUAUUAAGGAAUAUAAAUUCCGAGAAGCGCGUUUGCUGCAAGACUACACUGAGCUUGAAGAGGAAAACAUCUGUCUCCAGAAACAAGUGUCUGUCCUCAAGCAAAAUCAGGUAGAGUUUGAAGGCCUGAAACAUGAAAUCAAAAGGCUUGAAGAGGAAACAGAAUUUCUCAACAGCCAGCUAGAAGAUGCCAUACGGCUGAAGGAGAUCUCCGAACGCCAGCUUGAGGAGGCCUUAGAGACGCUGAAGACAGAGCGGGAGCAGAAGAACAAUCUUCGUAAGGAGCUCUCUCACUACAUGAACAUCAACGACUCCAUGUACAACAGCCACCUGAACAUCUCUUUGGAUGGACUGAAGUUCAGCGAUGAAGCCACAGAGCCCAAUAAUGAUGAAAUCAUGAAUGGAUUUGAACAGAACUGCCUCAGCAAACUCAGCAAUGGCAAGAAUAGUACAUCAACACCCAAGAAAAAUGAAAGCUUCCCUCCAGCCCCAAGUCUCGUUUCAGAUCUUCUGAGUGAAUUAAACAUUUCUGAAAUCCAGAAGCUGAAACAACAGCUUGUACAGAUGGAAAGAGAAAAGGUGAACUUGUUAACAACGCUACAGGAAUCUCAGAAGCAGCUGGAAAAUACACGGGGGGCCCUCUCAGAGCAGCAUGAGAAAGUUGGCAGGCUCACAGAAAACCUGAACGCAAUGAAGAAGCUCCAGGUCAGCAAGGAACGUCAGUCUGCCCUUGACAAUGAGAAGGACCGAGACAGCCAUGAAGAUGGAGACUACUAUGAGGUUGACAUCAAUGGGCCAGAGAUCUUGGAGUGCAAGUACAAAGUGGCUGUGGCAGAGAUUACUGACCUAAAAGAAGAGCUCAAAAAUCUUAAGGCCAAAUACAAAGAAUGUGAGUCUAAGUAUGAGGAAGAGAAGAGCAGGUAUGAGACUGAGAGCCAAGCUCUCACUGAAAAGAUUACCUCACUAGAAAAAUCCAGUAGGCAUGACAGAGAACAGGUGGCCAGACUGGAGAAGGAGCUGAAGAAAGUCAGUGAUGUUGCUGGAGAAACACAGGGCAGCCUCAGUGUGGCCCAAGAUGAACUAGUCACCUUCAGCGAAGAGUUGGCCAAUUUAUACCACCAUGUCUGUAUGUGCAACAAUGAAACUCCAAACAGAGUGAUGCUAGAUUACUAUAAGGAAGGUAAAGGUGGACGCAGUAGUCCAGAGACCAAGGGAAGAAGGUCUCCCAUUCUUCUUUCUAAAGGGUUGUUAACUAUAGAGCUAGGAAAGGCAGAGAAUGGAAGCGGCGACAGCAGCCCAUCUCCAGUUUCAUCUCUGCCAUCUCCUGUGUCAGAUCCUCGGAAGGAACCGAUGAACAUUUACAACUUGAUCGCUAUAAUUCGGGAUCAGAUCAAACACCUGCAAGCUGCUGUGGACAGAACAACUGAGUUGUCCAGGCAGCGUGUUGCCACUCAAGAACUUGGGCCAGUGGUGGAUAAAGACAAGGAAGCUCUCAUGGAAGAAAUCCUGAAGUUGAAGUCCCUGUUAAGCACCAAGAGAGAACAGAUAGCAACUCUGAGAACUGUGCUGAAGGCCAACAAACAGACUGCAGAGGUAGCCCUUGCCAACUUAAAAAGCAAGUAUGAAAAUGAGAAAGCUAUGGUUACGGAGACAAUGAUGAAGCUGCGAAAUGAGCUGAAGGCUUUGAAAGAAGAUGCUGCUACCUUCUCUUCCCUGAGAGCAAUGUUUGCUACAAGAUGUGACGAAUAUGUCACACAGCUGGAUGAAAUGCAGCGGCAGCUUGCAGCAGCUGAGGAUGAGAAGAAGACUCUGAACUCCUUGCUUCGGAUGGCUAUCCAGCAGAAACUGGCACUGACCCAGCGCCUGGAACAUUUGGAGCUAGACCAUGAGCAGUCCAAAAGGGUGCGCACAAAAUCUGCUUCCAAAGCCAAGAGCAGUAACCCUAGUCUGUAGAGUAGUCCCUGGAGAAGGCCUUUCCAACAGUGCAACAGCAUUUCUUAACCUCUUUCAUUAUGGUUAAAAGUGGUAGCCCAUUGCACAAAGAAUGGAAACCACUGACCUGAUCCUAACUUUUGAAAACACCUUUUCCUAUAUACUACCUGAAACUUUCCUUUUAUGUCUGAAGCUAUAAAACAAACAAGCUUUACCUGUAAGUGCUGCUGCAGUAAGAAAACUUACAAGUGCUGAAGAAACCUACUUCAAAUGUAACGAUCACCAUAUUAGUUUAUGAUCUACUAGAAAUGUUCGGUUGGGGGAAUUUCUUAUCUCAUUGCAGAUGCUCAUUUUUUAUCUGAUUGUUAAACCUGUGCACUUUUGAUAUUUUGAUAUUUUUCUUUAGCUUCUUUAAUUCCUUAUGUAGAAGAGUUUAUAUAAAUGCAGUGGUUUGUGCUCAUAGUCUCUCUCCAAUUCGGGCUUGUGAUUUUUGAAUUCUACAUCAGCAUGUGGCAGAGAUUUUGGGGGGGCUCUAGAUUGUGAUUAGAAAAGAGUUUCAAGAAAAAAAAACAGGAGCUCUGCUAAAACUGUGUGCUGUGCUUCAGCAGCUUUUUUAUUAUUAUAAAAUGUUAAGCUUUAUAUGUUUAAAUUACUGAUUUUUUUUUUUCUUAACUGCCAUGUUCAUUAAGAAAUCCAGGGUAUUCAAAUUCUGGGGUUUUUUUCAUAUUGUAUUAUUAUUCUUAGGAAUAGUUCAAUGUAACAAGAAGAAAACUUGACUUUGCUCUGGUUAAAACAGUAAUAGGCACUUGAAAAAUAUUAAAUAAGUAGUAUUACCUAUAAAUUCCAGAUUUCCUGGGUUUUAGGAAGUUGAAGUAUUAUUGAUUAACAGAAUUUUAUACAACUAUACCAGUUAAAUUCCAAAUUGGAAUUGUUUUGUUACUUUUUCAUUUUAUUGUGCCAAAUUAUGGUACAUUUAGAAAGAAAAAUUCUAAAGUUGUCAAUGAUAGGGUGUUAUAUAUCAGCGCCUUUCUGUCAUUAAUUAUUGCCAGUAGUGCCUUUAAUCAUUUUAAGGGAGACUCUUAGAGUAGCUUAGUCUAAGUCCUGUAACUUAGAAGAAAUGGAAUGGCUGUUUUGGAAUUUAUUAAAGACAUGGAGCAAUAAGUGCAAAGUGAACUCCCCUUUCGCACAUUUUUAAUGGGUAGUCUUACUAUAGAGAUUAUAUAUUCAAGGAAUUGUAAAAAAUUCUGUUAGUCAAUGAUAUUUCAUGAUGCAAAUCCUUGCAAAUUCAGGGGUAUAGAGAAAAAAACCACAAACCUAAACAAACCCGAAUACACUUUGGGAACCAAAUGGACUCAUGGUGAACAAAUGCGCAAGAUGUAUUAACACAUUUGUGGUAACAGUACAGAGAACAUAUAAGGAAUAUUGAUGUUAUAUUAGCUUUGUAUGGUGGUGGGUGCAGUUAACCAUAGUAUUGUUUGCAAAUGUGAACAACAAAACAUUGAUAUCUUCUCUUGCAUGUUGUAUCUAAUCAUUGUAAUUUCAGGAAACAGAAAUGGAGAAGUGCAUCAACAAGCUGUACCUAUUUCUCUACUGUUUGUUGAGGCUCACAUGAAUGAUUAAAUUGGUACUUGUUGGGGGGGAGCCUUCCCACUCCUCAAAAAAAGUACAAAUUGAAAUAAUAUUGACAGUGGGGAAAAGAUUUCUGUUUGCUGGAAAAAAGCAUUAUUAUUCCUAGAUGUGGGGACUUUUAUUUCCAUCUUCUGUUACCGUAUUGAUUCAUAAGAAAUAUUGUUGCAUUUAAAAUAACUACAUUUGUAUGUGGGUAUUUAUUUGAAAUGAUGUCGAAGUACUGUAUUAUGUUUCAUGUGCAUUACCUUUUAGUGGUGGAUUGGUCUCCAUUUAACGUCAUAUGCAUGUAUUCUUGCCAAGUAAUCUUUACACAGAUCUGAAAAAAAAAAGUAAAGAGAAAAUGUGGAAACUUCUUAAAAGUAUAACUGUGUGUUAAUUGGAUAACCUUAGGAGGUAUAGAGGGCAAAACCUUACUUCCAAAUUAAUAAAAAAGUGUUUAAUGUAGGAAAGCAAUCUGCCUGCAUAAAGGUAGUCACAUUGGCAGUAUCAAUAAAAGAGAAAAGGAA